GAAUCCACUUUAAAAAAAAAACAAAAGUCAAAUGACAUCUGUCAAUCAUUUCAAUCAAUCCACAAAAAAAAAAUCGCAUGGUUCUUUCUUUAUUUAUUUAUAAAAGGAUUUUUAAAUUGAUUCUUGAAAAUGAUUCGCUACUUUCGUCUUUUAAGAGGCUGCAUCCAGCAGCAGCGAUCAAGUAGGAGCUUUAGUUCUAAAAUAGAAGCUAGUGAAAAUGAACCUAUCAAAUUCACCACAAGUGCUGCCGCUCGUAAGAAUACCAUUAGACCAGUUGCCGUAAAAUAUAAACCAUCAGACAUGCCAUGGUACCAACCCUAUUCCGUACUGGCCAGCGUAACUGUGUUCCUUAUCUACUUCUGCGUGUUGAGAGAAGAAAGUGAUGUAGAUUUAGAAUUUAAUAAAACCCUUUAUGAUAGGAUUAAGGGCUUGGAAAAGGAACAGUUGUUGCAGUCGUAUAGAUAUAAUAAAGAAAAUGGCCUAAGUGUUGUGGCGAUAGAGGAGAGGCUGAAACAGCUUGAGGUUGAGGAGGCCAAGGCAGUAGCAUAAGUUAAGAUUUAAUUGUUACCUAUGUAAAUUAUUUAAUAGAUUUAGUUUUUUGUUGAAAGUAAAUGUAAUCAAAUA